AUGGAGAGCCCAGCCAAGAGGCGGAAGAAGAACGACUCGAAGCCCAGCGCGGUACCGCAUCGCAACCUCGACUUCUUCUUCCGCAAGCAAAACGACAAGAAGCAGGACGCGGCGAAGGAAUCUGCGGAGAUCAGGCGCGAAGACGUGCAGGGGCUUGUGACCAACAAGCAACAACUCUCGGACGAAGAACUGGCCAGGCAGCUGCAGGAGGAAUGGGCAAAGGAGGAGGACGAACCGAGAGAAGAUACCCACCAUGAUUCUAAUGGCCAGGUCUCGCUCUCACAGAGCAGAGCGGAAGAUAGGGAACACAAGGCCGAUCAAGACCGCCAGGAGUUCGUGGCCGCUGCACUAAAAGCUGUCCCUUCCCCAGAGACCCAGCAGACAGCCGGUACCGCGAGAAAGGGAGUCCUCGGUUUACAAUCUACUGCUUCAGAUGAGGACACCAUCACCUUGACCGUUCCGUUUGAUCAGAGCCCGUUAGCAUACGAUCCUUCUCAAUGUGUGUCAGAGUUGAAAAGACACUGGGCCGGAGACGGAGGAGAUGCAUCCUACGCUCUCCUGACCCGAUGUUUUGUGCUAGUCAACUCUACGCAGAGCCGUAUCAAGAUUGUCGACACACUGGUGAACUGCCUGAGGACCAUCAUCGAAGCAGAUCCAGAAAGCCUCCUGCCUGCUGUCUGGCUAGCCACGAACUCGAUCUCGCCGCCAUAUAUCUCCCUGGAACUCGGACUAGGCGGCUCAGCGAUAUCCAAGGCGCUGAAGAAGGUCUGCGGCCUAGACAACACAGGCUUGAAGACACUCUACGAUAAGCACGGCGACGCAGGAGAUGUCGCAUUCGAGGCGAAGAAGAGGCAGAGCUUCACGCUCCGGAAACCGAAGCCUCUCACCAUCAAGAGCGCGUACCAAACCUUGGUCAAGAUUGCAAACAGCAAGGGCAAUGGCAGUGUGGAGCAGAAGCAGAGACUAGUCGAACGUCUUCUCCAGGAUGCGCGAGGACCAGAAGAGUCUCGAUAUAUCGUGAGGACAUUGGUUCAGCACUUGCGCAUCGGAGCAGUCAAAACGACGAUGCUCAUUGCGCUAGCACGAGCAUUUCAGCUCUCUCGCCCGGCAGGCGCAGACUUCCCCAUCAGAGAUCCCACGGAGCUGUCGAAGCUCAAGAAAGAGGAGCUCGCCGUUAUAUGGUCGAAAGCAGAAGAAGUGGUCAAGACCUGUUUUGCCCGACGACCGAACUACAACGAUCUCGUCCCCGGGUUGCUAGAAGUCGGCGUGUCAGAUGAACUGCUCCUGCGGUGUGGUCUGGCAUUGCACAUCCCUCUACGACCCAUGCUUGGAAGCAUAACGCGCGACCUAAGUGAAAUUUUGACCAAGCUCCAAGGCCGCGACUUUAGCUGCGAGUACAAGUACGACGGUCAACGAGCGCAGGUCCAUUGCGACGACCGCGGCAAAGUGUCCAUCUUCUCCCGCCACCUCGAAGUCAUGACGGACAAGUAUCCCGAUCUGGUGGCGCUGGUGCCCGAAAUCCGUGGUGACGGCGUCUCCAGCUUCAUCCUCGAAGGCGAAGUCGUCGCCGUGGACAGAAACACGGGCGAGCUGAAGACCUUUCAAACACUGACCAACCGCGCGAAGAAAGACGUCGACAUUGGUUCGAUCCAGAUCGACGUCUGCCUCUUCGCGUUCGACCUCAUGUACCUCAAUGGCGAGCAAUUGCUUGACCGCCCAUUCCGCGAGCGGCGCGGCCUGCUUCGCAGUAUGUUCGUCGAGAAGGAACACCACUUCACGUGGGUGAAGAGCAUCGAUGCCACCUCGGCCGACUCGGAAACCGUGCUCGAGUUUUUCAAGUCCGCCACGGACAUCAAAUGCGAGGGUAUAAUGGUCAAAGUCCUGGACAAUCUACCAAACCCGGACCUAGCGCCCCUGGAAGAUGAGGACCACAACGACGUUGAUGGGACUCCGCCUUCCCUCCCAGUGACGCCCAGCAAGAAGAGAUCCAGCACGACCACCAAGCGAUCGGCACCCACCGCGCACGGAGAGUCCGAAAGGGAAAAAGAAAAGGAUAAAGGCACGCGGCGAAAAGCGCUCCUGUCGACGUAUGAGCCCGACAAAAGGCUCGACUCGUGGCUGAAAGUGAAAAAAGACUACGCCCAGUCCGCCGACACGAUCGACCUCAUCCCCGUAGCAGGCUGGCACGGCCAAGGCCGCAAGGCGAAGUGGUGGUCCCCCAUCCUUCUGGCAUGCCGCAACCCGGAGACCGGAAGCCUAGAGGUCGUCACCAAGUGCAUCAGCGGCUUCACGGAUAAAUUCUACCAGGCCAACAAGGAAAAGUACAGCGAGGGGAGUGAUAACACGACGCGCCACAAGCCGAGCUAUAUCGAGUACGUGGGUCCCACGCCGGACGUAUGGUUCGAGCCGCUUGAGGUCUGGGAGAUGGCGUUUGCGGACAUCACGUUGAGCCCCACGUACACGGCGGCGAUUGGGCUGGUGAGCGAGGAGCGCGGGCUAAGUAUGCGGUUCCCUAGAUUUUUGAAGGUCCGAGAGGAUAAGAGCAUCGAGGAGGCGAGCACGAAUGAGUUCCUCGCGGCGCUGUAUAGGAAGCAGGAAGCGAAAGUCAAGGACUCGGCUCCUGGCGCGGGCCAGAAGGGCCGUGGUGGCGCGGACGGUGACGGCGACGGCGACGAUCUUGAAGACCAGUGA